AUGGUUACUCUCGUCUCCGCGGGUAUCGCACCAUGGCUCGUGCGAGGCUCGGCUGAAUCUACACACCUGGCCAUCUCCACGUCGUUGGAGCCAACUACCAACUGGACGCAGCGACUCGGACAAGUUCAAGACCACCUCGCCGAGAUCAAAUCCAACCGAGUUCCAACGUGCAAGCGGCUUGCUGCACAGGGCCUCGUCUACUCCUGUGAAAAGUACGAUGCCACGGACGCAUCGGCCACUCACAACACUCAAGCGGAGCUCGAGGCCUUCCCGAAGCUCUAUGCCAUCCGUAUGACUCAAUGUGCGCUCGAGGAUGCUGGCAGUUCUCUGCCAUCUGUGUGCAAGGCCGCGCAAUCCCCUUUGCCAGGUCGUCCUGUGGGUGAUUCUGACAUACAGACUUGCCUUAGUGCACUUAUUCAAAACACAAACACAUGGACCACAUAUUCGCAUAUGAACACCGAUGGUUUGAUCAUGUGCCAAGCUAUGCGUGUUGAGCAAAGCAAGGACGAGCAGCUGCAUUUCUUCCAGGUUCUUCUGGGCACAACUUCAGACAUCAGCGAGGCCAUGAGAGCUAUCAAAGGUGACAUUGAUCAGCUUUUCAGUAAGAUUGGUAACGAAAUGCGCACAUUUCAUAUGGAGCUCCAGAGGGACAACCUCGAAAGCAAGGCAGCCAUCAAGGAACAUUUGGACGGCAUUCAAGCCAACAUGAACGGAGUUUCGGGAGACGUCCGUGGACUGCUCGUGGCCAUGGGUGAAGCCAAACAGACCAUUCACGAAUAUACUACUCAGUUCGACAGUGCCCUAAGCCGGGCACAGGACUGGAGCACGCAAAUGGACAAUGGGUGGGCCACGAGUCUGACCAAGAUUAGAGACGAUUUCGAAGAGACUCGCAAUGUCUACCAAUACCAACUCGAAAGGUACCACGCGGACUUCGCUCAGCGUGCCUAUGCGAUGACAAAUGAUUUGGAAACGGUGAAUAGCCUGAGCAGUGACCUUCUUAGCAAACUUGCUUUACUCAACGAAGACCUCGACGAACCUUUGGAGAAGGUUGGUGUACUCGCGAGUCAAGCCGAUGUCGUCAAGGAAAAGCAGUCUGCGAUGAUGGCAGAAUUCAAAGAAAAGGGAGACUCGAUCCUUGUGAGUCUUGCGGCCGCGAGUGAGCACGCAGUAUUUGUCAACACCUGGAUGGGUGCGGCUGUAGGCCUCUUCCUAGACUUCCGCGCCGACAUCAAGCUGAAUAUUUUGAUUUUCUCGAUAUGUUACCCUGUGGCCGGCCCGGUCGUCUUCAUGGGUUGCCGGCAAGCCUUCGGACUGGUCGCUGGCAAUUUGGUCACUCUGUUUGCGUCCUUCGCUUUAGCAUUGUGGCUGACGUCUUUACUGAAGCCUUUUGCGCUUUACAAUGCUCUCAUCGACAGUCAUCCUGCUCUUUUCAACGAAGCACCGCCAUAUCUCAGCAUACUGGUGAUUUUCAUGACUGGCGCGUUCACGGCGAUACUUGCGCUGAAAUUGCGCCGCUCUCCACCAGUAUACGAUCCUGCUGCUCAAUUAGGCACCCUUCCUCAUUUUCAAGACGAUCUCGAUCUCGACGAGCAGAAGCACUCGGGCCACAGUUUGGAGCUCAUCUCUUAUGACUUUACGAAUGCAUGA